AUGGCCGAGAACUCGCAGAUCCUCAAGAUGGCAGGCGGCAUGGCGGUGGGGGCCACGGCCUUGAUGCUGGCAUCCGAGGCUCUGAAGAAGUCUGUGAAAGCAUCCGCGCGACGAGGAGCAUCGUCACCUUUUGAGUACCACCUGGCAGUGCAUUGCCCCGAGAUCUCCGGUGUGUGGCACUUUGUGAAGCUGCCGAAGACGGCGAAUCUGCGGGAUUUGCACCAAGCUACCCUGGUAGCGGUGGGUGAAUGCAGCCGACCGGCAGAUGUUGAGCACUUCGGCUUCUUUCCCGUGGAGCAGAGGGCGGAUGGAGCUUGCGUGAAGCUCAGGGACCGCCUUACGGAGAUGAGCAGGCUGGAUCUGCUGCUUUCGGCCCUGCCGCCAGAUCAGCUGCAGGUGCUUCAACUGGUCUUCGCUCGGGAAGCACCCUGUCCGACAGAGGUGCCGGAGGGUCCCAAGGCCUUCCCAAUGUGUGGAGUGUGCCUCCCGAUCCUCGGCACCAGCUACCAGUACAAGGGGCCUUACCCGAUUGUUGAGUACAACUUCGCUCGAAAUGUGUUUCCCGCGAGUGGCAAGUAUCCGUAUGGCUCCACUGUUCGAUGCCACGAAGGUCGCAAGCAAGCUGUCGGGGAGUUCGGUUCUGCAGUGUUCCACCAGGAUGCUGAAUACACCGAAACCAUGACGGCUGAUGCCAACAUCGUCCAAGAGCUGAUCUCAAGAGCCGCGGAUUUCCCUAAACUUUGGAACCGAGAUGUUGAGGUCGGAUUGCAGGACUUCACGGCCAAUGGCCUCUUCACCAGCAGCGAGAAGUCGGAGGAUUGGAAGACGGGCCACAGCCUCCUCCCUCGCGGCUUCAAUCAAAUCAAGGUGAAGGGCUUUGCCCCACAGAUCUUGGCCAAGACCCGCGCCUUCGUUGGGGAAUGGUCGAAGUUUGCAGCUGGCCACCUGGUCGAAGAUGUGAACGAGUGGCUGACGGCCAUGACCGCAGAUGCCGUGGUCUCGUGUAGCAUGGGCAUGGACAUGUGCAACGUGGAGCGCUUGGGUUCCAAGCAAGCGCCUCACAAGUUUGUCGAGACUUUCCGCUUCGGCCUGGGCGUGUCAAUAGGAAGCAUCACGGCACAGUCUGAGUAUGGCCUCAAGCGCUUCCUGCCCUUCUUCGAUGCCGAGGGUCAGCUUCAGGAGAGGUACCAGGCCGCCAAGAAGGAGAUGCAUCGACAAGUCGAAGACCUCGUGGAAGCCACGCGCAGGGGUGAGCUCGGUGAAAACUCGAUCAUCGCCACGAUGCUGAACGACCUCAGCGCGGAUGGCAAGCGGGUUCGCUACGGCGCCCUCUACGGGCACAUCGUGAACUUGAUGAUUGCGGGGCAUGAGACCACCGCGGCCACCCUGGGCUUCACCUUGCAGCUGCUGGCCGAGAAUCCUGCCUACGAAGAGCGUGCCCUUGAGGAGGUCAGGCAGGUGCUGCAGGGCCGCACGGAGCCCUCCGUGGACGACGUGCCCAAGCUGCAAUUCGUGGAGCAGUGUUUCAGGGAGGCGCUGAGGCUCUACAGCCCCGUGACGUCCAUUACGCGGGACGUGGCGUAUGACACCUUGCUGGGUGGCCAUCGGGUGUAUCAGGGGGAGCGGAUCAACCUGGUGACGCGCGCCCUGCACACGAAUCCGGAGUACUGGGGUGGUGAGUUUGGAGAUCCGCUGUCCUUCAACCCAGAUCGCUUCUCCCCGGAGGCGGUGCGGCAGCGACAUCCCAACGCCUACCAUCCCUGGGGCUUUGCCAGUCGCGCCUGCAUCGGAAGCCAGUUUGCCCUCUUCGAAGCCAAGACCUUUCUGGCCUCGAUCUUGAUCCACUUCCGCCUGCAGGGCAUUCCGGGAUAUCAGAUGGUGGCCAGCUGCGAGGGUGGCGGUGCCGCGCCCUCGCCCGAGAAGCUGGCCUUCCGCGUCAUCCCCAGGCCCGGUGGGCCACUGUGGUCUGACGGCAUCAUGAAGCCGCUGCCUGCUCUCAACCGGGCAACCGAGGAGUUGACCCAGGAGGAUGCAAGCAGUGCCUGA